AUGGCGGUACUAGCGGGUAUUGGAUAUUUGUUCAUCGCAUUUUCACCUUCAGUUGUUAUUUUCCGACGGGUAAUUGCCAGUGAUCCUUUGCGAAUAAUACUAUUUGUUUUGGGUGCAUUCUUUUGGCUGUUAUCGUUAUUACUAUCAGCAUGUAUAUGGUUUGUAAUAGUACCUCUCAGGGAGUAUCUGGUUUUUGCGGUAGCUAUUUCAAUCGCAUUACAGGAAGGAGCCAGACUUCUUCAUUUCAUCCUUUUAAAAAAGGCACAAAAGGGUCUGAACCAUAUGUCAACUGCUGGCCAAAGAAUAACUGGUAUGCAUUCUCUGCGACAUGCUCGUCAUAUUUUGGCCACAGUGUGUGGCUUAGGAAUGGGCAUGAUGGCAGCUUUAUUUCUCAUUAUCAAUGUGAUCGCUGAUUUUUGGGGUCAUGGUACUGUAGGUUUACCAGCUACUGUACCGUAUGUAUCAGAUCGUUUCACAGUCAAACUUCUCCCAAAUGAUCAAUAUUUCCCUAUAACAUAUUCUAUAUCAGCAUGCAUGGUCACAUUGUGUCAUGUCUUCUGGACAGUCAUAUUCUGGGAUGGGUGUCAUAAGAAAGGUACUACGAACACCUGGUGGAUGGGUAUUUGUUUUGCUGUCAUCUCACACUACGCUAUGUCUGCUUUGAGUUUCGGAAAUCGAACGAAAUAUCAGAUGGCUGUAAUGUGCAUGCAGGGAGUUAUCGUUCUAGUAAAUGCAGUGAUCUCGUUCUUGGUUAUGGGUGUCACUUGGUCAUUACUAAAACGCAGGACGAAAUUAGCAUUUUGCAGAAUGUUUUGCGUAAAAGACUGUAACUCAGAAUCCAUUGAUACUUCUAUUUCGAGAUCAGAAAACCCUGCUGAAGAUAGGAGAUCUAAUCCACUCCAUAUCUGUACCUAA